GCGAGAGGACGCCUACAGAUUUGACAGAAAAUUAGUUUGUAUGGAACAACCACUUCUCUAUACUUUGGUAUUUUGUGCUGGCUGGCUUGUGUUCUAUGUCCCCUAUCUUGUGGUAUAACAAUUAACAAAUUUAAUGAGAAAUAAUGGCUAAACCAGGCACAGACUCUGAAGCUGAGCAAAAAGACAAGAAGAAAGAAAGAGGUAGAGACCCAAAGAAAAGGUCAAAAUCUGGUUCAAGCAGUAGUGAUGAUAGUCGAAGCAGUUCAUCGGACAGUAGCUCAUCAAGCUCAAAAUCAUCUAGUAGUUCCAGCUCAGGAUCAUCUUCCCGUUCAAGCAGUUCUAGUUCCGAUUCUUCAAGUUCAUCAAGUGAUCGUGACAGAACUAGGCCGAAAAGGAGAUCUAGGUCUGCGAGCAAAAAGGCAAAGCCAAGAAGUAAGAGCAGAAGCAAGGAUCGCAAAGAAAAGGAGAAAGACAGAGAUAUCAAAGAAAAAAAAGAUGAAAAGGAUAGAGUUGAAAUAAAAAAGGAGGACAAGGAAAGGGAGCCAAGAAAGCGGACACCUAGCAAGGAGAAGGAGAGAGAGAAGGAAAAAGAGAGGGAAAAACCAAAGGAUAACAGAGAGAGGCGUAAAUCUAGAUCAAGAUCGCCAAGAAAACGCCGCAAGCGCUCCCCUACUCCUCGCCCCACUAAGAUCCAUAUUGGACAUUUAACAAGAACAGUCAAUAAAGAUCACAUCGUAGAAAUUUUUAGUACCUAUGGUACUAUUAAGCAUGUUGAAUUUCCCAAGGAUAGGAACCAUCAACAUAUUGGUAGCGGCUAUUGCUAUGUGGAGUACAACAAUCCUGAUGAUGCGGAAAACGCGAUGAAACACAUGGACGGAGGACAGAUUGAUGGACAAGAAAUUACUGCCGCUCCCGUUUUAAUUCAGAAACCGAGACCUCCACCUCCGCGUCGUUCACCUUUAGGGCCAAUGAGAAGGGGUCCUGCAUACAGACGAUCUCCUCCAAGAUACAGGAGACGUUCGCCAAUGAGAGGAAGAGGAAGAAGCGCCCCGAGAAGGAGGCCCCAUUCCAGGAGCCCGCCACCCAGAAGGAGGAAGAGAUCCAGUUCGAGCAGUUCCAGAUAAUUUAAUUUGUCCGAACGUUUUAUCUUAAGGAUACGAUAUUUUGGUUUUACGGAGAAAAAAGGUUUUCUACUUUUGCACAGAUUUAUUUGUGUAUAUCGUUUAAUGAUUCAGGUUUCAGAUGAAAUAUGACGAGCGUUAUCCUAGGAUAACAUUGUAAAGUUUGUAUUCAAUUUUAAAUUGUAUCUCCUAAUUCCGACUUUAAUAAAUAUAUUCACUAUA